AUGUGGGGCCGUGGUGGACCUGGAAUGGUCGCAAGUAUUGACCCUAAAAAACAAUUUGGAGGCCCAGCAAUCCUUGGGGAUGCUGGUCUUAAGCAGCCAAUAGGUCUAUCAGUAGCUAUGGCUGCUGCAUCGCUCAUGGCGGGAGCUCUUGGAGGUCCUCAGAUUGGGAUCAACUCCAAUCAAAGUGGGCAACAGGGUCAGGGGGUUUUGGGCACCGAUCUGUUGACUCUUCAUCUGGCCAAAAUGUCAAGAAACCAGUUGAUUGAGAUUAUUUCUGAGAUGAAGGUAAUGGCUACACAAAAACAGGAACAAGCCCGCCAGUUAUUACUUGCAAGCCCGCAGUUGCCCAAAGCUCUUUUGCAGGGUCGUGGUGGACCUGGAAUGGUCGCAAGUAUUGACCCUAAAAAACAAUUUGGAGGCCCAGCAAUCCUUGGGGAUGCUGGUCUUAAGCAGCCAAUAGGUCUAUCAGUAGCUAUGGCUGUUGCAUCGCUCAUGGCGGGAGCUCUUGGAGGUCCUCAGAUUGGGAUCAACUCCAAUCAAAGUGGGCAACAGGGUCAGGGGGUUUUGGGCACCGAUCUGUUGACUCUUCAUCUGGCCAAAAUGUCAAGAAACCAGUUGAUUGAGAUUAUUUCUGAGAUGAAGGUAAUGGCUACACAAAAACAGGAACAAGCCCGCCAGUUAUUACUUGCAAGCCCGCAGUUGCCCAAAGCUCUUUUGCAGGCCCAGAUAAUGUUAGGAAUGGUUACCCCACAGAUGUUGCAGAUGCAAAAUAUUCGACAGGCUUCCGGUCCACUUCUGAAGCCUUUGCUGCAAGAUGGUGAACAGGGUCAGCGGCCAGCACCUUUGCUGCAAGAUGGUGAACAGGGUCAGCGGCCAGCAGUUCAAAAUCUUCCAGGGCUUCCCUCUCUUUUACAGAACAAGAUGCAGUUUGGCGUGAUGCCUCAAUCACAAGAAGGUCAAGUAAAUCAAUAUCUCUCACAACUUCCUACACGGCCUCAUGUUCAGCUUCCACAGCUAACCCAGCACCAAGUUUUACAAGGAGGCCAAUUGCCUGGGCAGUCUGGAGUUUCAGCCCUUCCAUCAGUUUGUAUGCAGCAGUUAGGCAAUCUGUCUGUUCGGCCUCAAAUUCAUGUGGCAAAUUCCUCUUCUUUGAAGCAGGAAGUGGAACCUCUGUUACACGGCCCUUUGGGACAUAAUGCUCAGCUGAUUGGUCCAAAUGCACCCCUUCAACCUUCUCUUUCGAUUCAUCCACUACUGUCAGAUCAUGGUUUUCAGGACUCUAAUAGACCUCCACAAGUUACUAAUGAUUCAACUUGGAGCCAUAGAGUUGAUACGUAUCCCAGCUCGUCUUCAGACAUAUCAGAGAAAGCCGACCUGGUCCGUGACAGUUUAGAUCCAAUGAAGCGCCCUUCAAAACUGGUGAAAUUAGAGGAUGGAAGGAGGACCACUUUGUUGGGGCCAGAUGUAAAUGUCUCUGCUGUAUCUGGCCCAUCGCAGGUUUUUGGCUUGUCUGGAAACCAAAAGCCAAAACCACAAGAAGCUUUAGAUUCUGAGAAACAAGCUCCUCAGCUCCAUGGUUUCAAGCUUGAAAAUGUUGAUAAUGGUACAGUUCCAUUAUGA